UUAUAUGUUCAGUCCGACGAAAUCCCUCUAUAUGUACGGUUAAUGGCUUUUAUGAACAUUACUAACCGUUGCAAAGCAGACGCGCUCCUGAACGCAGCCCAACCAGAGUGAGAGAGUGGCUGUUGUCAACAGAGACGCUGCGAACAUAGCAACACCGUGGUGGCUAGCUAGGUUAACUUCAACUAUAUUUUCCAUUUCUGGUCACCCUGUCUCCUCCCAGAGAAGGUGGUCAUCACAUAUUCACCUCGACUGCUUGCUUGUGGUCAAUAUUUGGAGAAAAUGCUGGGAUACAUUUGGCAGUAUUUCUACGCAUCCUUCUUCCGAUACUGGCUGAAGUGGUUCAUCAGGCAAGUGACUGGGAAAUGUGAGCUGCAGAGGAUAUGCUCAGGCUACAAACCAGGGGCUACAAGGACGACAAAAGCAGAGUACUCUCUCCAGUCGUCAAAAAACAAGGUUUUACGAAAUGCUUUACAAGCCAGCAGCGAUGAUUUGGAACAAUGUGUGGACCAAAUCAUGCAGGAAAAGAACGUCAAAGCCCAGAAAGAUCCCAGGUUCAAGGAAAGUCUACAGCUAUGUCUUUUUCAGAUAACAGGAUACAAAAGCCUGUAUGCAUCUGUGGAGGACUUGAGAAAGGAAGUCUUUGACUCAGAGAAAUUAGAGCAUGAGACCAUGCUUUUGAAGCUAUGGGACCUUUUGAUGCCGACAGUGAAACUGGAGUCGAGGGUAACCAAACAGUGGGGAGACAUUGGAUUCCAAGGAGACGACCCAAAGACUGACUUCAGAGGAAUGGGCUUGUUGGGCCUGAUCAAUCUCGUGUUUUUCAGUGAAAACUACACAGAUGCAGCCCGUCAGGUGUUGUUUCAUGCAAACCAUCCCAAACUAGGGUAUUCAUACGCCAUAGUUGGGAUCAACUUGACAGAGAUGGCCUACAGCCUUUUGAAGAGUGGCGCUUUGAAACCCCAUUUCUACAACACAAUACUUGGGAAGCCUGAGCUCCAGCACUUUCAUCAGCUUUACUGCUAUCUGGCAUAUGAAUUUGAUAAAUUCUGGGUGGCAGAGGAACCAGAGAGCAUCAUGCAGUUCAAUCACUACAGGGAGAAGUUCCACAGCCAAGUCAAAGCACAGCUACAGGAUCCCAACGUGUCCUUGACAUUGACCGUCCACCCUAAAAACUGAGUUUAUCCAGGAAUAACCUCUGACUUCUCUGUAGCCCCUGACCUCGUUUCACCGCGUGUGAGCAGCCAAGAAGGCUGCCGAAAUGCUAACAUCACCGACCAAGCAACCUGGAGCUGUUCAGACCUCUCAAGUAUUCCUCAAAUAGAUAAAACCCUCCAUCAUUUGUUUUUGCAAUCCAGUUGGGUCAUCUUUUAGCAUUACAGUGAUACUGUAGUUAGGGGCUUUACAUUAGAGCACAAAUGUACCAUCCUAUACCUCAGAAAUAAUGAGCAUUCCUGUUACUAACUGUGCUAAAUAAAGGGGAAAUGAGAGCCGUUGCAGAGGAUUGUAAUGAUUAGGGUGCUGUAGUGUUUUUUUGUAAGGAUUUGUGCACUUUUCAACAAGCAGGCAACCAAAUUGUUGCAAUUUAAAGACAGCUAUAAACUGAAUAAUAACAUGUCAACUACAAUGUUUUGAGCUGUGUCGUGUGUAUUUAUAUAAAAUGCCUACUCUCACAAUUGUCCUGCUCAGGAAUUUAAUAUUUUUGUCCCGAGUUCAAGGCUAUACGUGAGUGAAGUAAUGAAUAAUUUGCGUUUUUGACGUUCCAUUGUGUUGCCGUUUUUGUAAACUUUGUGCAUGUUUUAAUGUGUUUCAACUGAUACCAUUAAUGCCAUCUGUAUUCUAGGUGAUGUGGAAAUCAUAAUGGUUGUCUUUUUACCCAUUUCACACAUUUGUAUGUGAUCCAAGACUGAUUUUACAUUUUAUUUGCCUGUUGUUUUAUGCUGUUGUUUGCUUUUGAGUAAGAUUUGUAAAAAUGAACAUAGAUUGCUCAAAGUUGAAAAAUAGACAUUCUGACGCUUUUA